AUGGCUUUGUUGCUCAUCUUGUACCUGAAUGUUGCUGUAGGCGCAGGUAAGAUGUGAGGGCUGUGGGAUGCGUUUUUGCUUCUUCCAGGACAAAAAGCAGUUACAGGCAAGCUUUGACUAUUGUUCCUUCCAGUAAAAAACCUGGUGGGCCCAUGCCAACCAGCGAAGCGGUGAAACAGGGCCACUCACAAACAGGAACAAGGGAAACUGCCUUACCCUGGACCAAAUCAUUGGUCCUUCUGGUUCAAUAUUGUCCACAAUGAUUGAUGUCAACUAGGUUUUAGACUCUCCCAGCUCUAAUUAGAGAUGCUGGGGAUUUUGAACUUCAGGCCUUUGAUAGGCAAAGCAGAUGUUGUACCACUGAGCUAAGAACUUUCACCUGCAAAAGUAGGAGGAAUUCUGUGAACCACAGGAAAUCCCAGGUUUGCAGAAAAGUUGUUCAUUAAAGUAAAACAGGGAAAAGCAAAAGAGGAGGAUGGAGGGUUCAGAUCUGUGCUGUUAAUACUGACAUGGACGGCUAAGCCUCAAGGGGGUUAUAGUCCGACACAAAUGGAGGCCACCAGUUUUGGGAAAGCUGUGUUAAAGGCAGACAGCUGUGAUAAGCUUGAUGAAAGCAAGCGACAGUGGAGACGACUCAAACAUUAUUGCUACUCUUCCAUCUGGAGGUAACUUCACACACAGGGUCUCCUAACAGUGCUCUUAGCAAACUACAGUUCCCAGAGAUUUUUGUAGGGAAGUGGUAUCAUAGAGCUUUAAACAUUAUGGUGUGAAUGGGACUCCAAUGAUCUGACAUUGCACAAGGCAGCUUCCUACAGGGCUCAAACCAGCCUCAAUAUCGUGUGUGUUAGUGCUCUGUCAGUUUUGGUCCUUUCUGUUUCUCAUUUUUCCAUUCGUAAAUUCAGUUUCUCACAUUGAUUCAGCAAUUUGAGAAUCCAUUUUUUAAAAAAUUCAGGUGUUUUGGCGAUCAGUUUCUCAUUAUGGAAUGCAUUUUCCUAUGUUAAUUUCACUAAUAUAUUGAUUUGUAUGCACACCUCCCCCUAACAUACUUAUUUUUUGUAAAACUUCCUUUGCUUGGAGAACUGCACUGCAAAGAUCAGAUAUGUGUGAAUUUCAAAGGAUGGCUGUGUUUUGGUUCACAUUGUUUCAGAAGGUGCAAAUUUGAUAGGCUUGGCUUUAAAUGCAAACUGUACUGAGUUUCUCCCUCAUCCCUAGGUAGAGCUAAGAGUACUCUUUCGGGUAUCAAAGUUGACUCAUGGGUGGGGGGUGGGGGGGAUAACGAUCAGGCCCAUCAGCUCAGAAAGGUCCCAUCGCCCCACAUUUUAUAGAGAAGCCCCUGAUUUAAAUCAUGCACAAAUAAUAUUAGAUUUCCUUCUAAAUCCUCUUGGGUUGUAUGCUGUGCAAGUUUACCUCUUACCCUUUUGUUUCAAAGCCUUGGCUGGAAUAGAUCUGGGUCCUCCUGGUGCAUGCCUGCAAGGUCCCAAAUUCUGGUGCCAAGAUGCAGUUACUGCUGCUGAAUGCAAGAAGGAGGAAUAUUGCUGGAUCCAUGAGUGGAGUUCUCCGUUGGUGAGAGCCAGAAAUGCAAAACCACAUCCAUCUGAAAAGCUGCCCUCUUCCCUCUCUCUUCCACCACAUUUACAGGUGGGUUAUAUAAUACAACCGCAUCAGUCCACCCCAAAUUAAGCAAAAUUAACCAGAUGUAUGAGAAAGGGUGGGAAGCAAUAUCUUAGGGGGCAGCUGCAUGAUAACAACAAGGACGAGAAGGACUUCUCUAGACAUUCUUCAUCUAUAGUUGGGAGUUAGGAUCAGCCAUGUGACCACACUGAAACAGAGGUCAGGAACUACCAUGGGAUAAUUUGGGGAGAACUAACUAACUAUCUCAUUCUUCUUUUCCUUUUAAAUAUUACCUUCCAGGCCCGUAGCUAAAUACUGCGUGGUGCAUAAGGGAGAGAGGGAAUAAUUGCCAAAGAUUUAAUACAUAAAUGCUGGUAGCCAACUUAUUAUUUGCUUGUAUUGGUGAACAACUUGGUAGAAAACAGUCUGCGCACAGUUCCCGAGUAGAAGGUUAGAUAAUUUCUUUUUUAAAAAAAGCAACAAAAGCUGGACAUCCAAGGAGGUACUUGUGCCAGGAAGAACCACUUAUAGUGAGAGCCCCAUUAUUACACCCACUAUUUGCCCAAAAAAUUGCCUUGGUCCUUUCCUGAAAGCCUCAUUUUUGACUUUGAAGCCAUUGAUAUCUUUGUUUGUGACAGUGGAAGGGACUUGAGGAGGAGGACAAGGCUGAUGCCCCAUUGAUUAAAUGCUUCGUCUGCACCAAGAUUGUCAAGAAAAUCAAGGAUCUGGCUGGAGAUGAUCCAGAUGAUGUAAGUUACCAAUUGCUAUGUUAUUGGAACUUAUUUGCUCGGCUGAUACUGAAUAUUGGGUCUGGGGGCAGAGAGCCACUGAAUUGCCACAAGUGAUUGACACCCAGAGAUUAGCCUGAAAACAUAUCAUGCAUUUCCAUUGCUGAGGCUAAGCAGAGUUGGCCCUGUAAGCUACCUGGAGGGAAUUAUAACUGGGAACCACAUGGUUUAAUGGUGAAUUUUGGACAUAACGGAGAUGUAAAACAUUUGGAUUACAGUUGUACCUUGGAAGUCAAACAGAAUCCGUUCCAGAAGUCCAUUCCAAAACCAAAUCACGGCUUCUGAUUGGCUGUAGGAAGCUCCUGCAGCCAAUCUGAAGCCGCAGAAGCCCCGUCGGACGUUCGGGUUCCAAAAGAACGUUCGCAAACUGGAACAAUCACUUCCAGGUUUGCGGAGUUUGGGAGCCAAAACGUCCGAGUUCCAGGGCGUUUGACAACCACGGUACGACUGUAUUAUAAAAGAUGCAGGAGGAAAUUAUUAAUAAUAGGACCCACAAAGAGGAGGAGGGAAGUCCAGGAGAUUCUUUGGAAUCUUGUGUUUAUGUUGUAUGUUGGAUAUAUGAUUGUAAAACUUUAAUCUGAAAAAACCAAAUACAUGAACUUUCAAAAAAUAAUAGUAAAUGGGAACCACAUAAAAGCCCCUUAAAUGAAUACUUAAACCUUUAGAGCCACCCCAUGGCUAAGCAAGGGAGAAGAAGAGAGCACCCCCAGGGCUGAGCAAGGAAGCUGGAGAGCUCUUUUCACACUGAGUAACCCAAGUGGACCUGGUGCAAAAACCAAGUUUCAAGCUCCUAGACUUGUUUGCCGAGCAAGGCCCUCUUGGCACCCUGGCUCUGGAAGCCUAAGGAAGCUCACGCGAAAUCUCACUGGAACUCAAAUUGUCCCAUGAGAUUUCAAGAAGGAGCGUCUCCAGCCCCAUCAUUCAGCCCAGACACUGAGGUCCAGCUCCGAGGGCCUUCUGGCAGUCCCCUCGCUGCGAGAAGUGAGGUUACAGGGAACCAGACAGAGGGCCUUCUCGGUAGUGGCACCCGCCCUGUGGAAUGCCUCCCAUCAGAUGUCAAAGAGAUAAACAACUACCUGAUAUUCAGAAAACAUCUUAAGGCAGCUCUGUUCAGGGAAGUUUUUAAUGUCUGGUGCUGUAUUGUUUUUAAUACUCAGUUGGAAGCCGCCCAGAGUGGCUGGGGAAAACCAGCCAGAUGGGUGGGGUAUAAAUUAUUAUUAUUAUUAUUAUUAUUAUUAUUAUUAUUAUUAUUCCAGGACCAGUGCAUUGAGCAGGCUGUGUCCAGAAAGAAAGGCAAAUGCUUAAAAGUUUUUUCCCGUGCCAGGUAACCCCACAUGGACUCAACGCCAGAAAGAGCUUUUUAGCUCUCCACCUUGCUUUGGAUUUGACUGGCACAAUUUCAACCAGCCCACCUGGAGGUGGCCUGAGGGAAGUCCUGAGGGACAAAUAGAGGCCUGGGGGCUUGUAUUUGCCCCCUAGGCCUGAGGUUCCUCACUCCUUGUGUGAGACUUUUCACAAAGGCUGUGUAGCACGCCAUACAUUAAAAACCCACUCACCCUCAAAAAGAAUCCUGGGAACUGUAGUUUGUUAAAGGGCCUGGGAAUUGUAGCUCUUAAGAGUGGUAAACUGCAGUUCCCAUGAUUCUUUGCGGGGAGGGCUUUAAAUACAUGCAGCUAAAGACAGCCAAUAUUCCAACCAACUUUAUUUGGAGCCAAAAAAAAAAAGGGUAAAGAAGGAGGAAAAUGAACAAAUAUAGCAAAAUAUACAGCUCCCUGCUCACUUCAGAUUAAUAUAGAGUGCGAGAGAAGUCAGGGCUCCUGUGCCUUUAAUAGGCACACCUUUAAUAAGUGUGUAGAAGAGGGAAUUUCAGUAGGUGUAGCAUGCAAGCAGUGGCUGGUGUGAGAAGAAACGAGGGAGGAAAGCAGAGGAAGGCCACUCUGGCAGACACACAAAGGCUGUAUCUGUUUGAAUCUUGAGCAUGGAGCCACCAAGUUACUGUUCUUACUCCCCAACUCUUCUUUCAGGAGAAAAUCGAGGACGCAAUAGCUUCUGUAUGUCGGGUAGUGGGCAGGUUCCUGAGAGGGACUUGCAAAAAGCUUUUGAGGCUUUUCAAAUCAAAGCUCAGACAAGAUCUGCAGGCUGGCCUGAAGGCUCGGGACAUCUGUAUUGAUCUGAACGUAUGCAGGGAUUGCUUGAGGGCACUACCAGGUGAGAGCAGCGCAUUUAUUUUAUUUAUUAUUUUCAUUUAUUCAUUCAUUAAAAUUCAUAUGCUGCUUGAUUUUUAAGAAAGAAAACCUCAAAGCAGCUCUGGUGACUUCCUGUCCUUAUUCAAGACAAACUCUAUCCUUCCCUUUUCCUCACUGGAUUAUUCCUUAUGGACAGCCUUCUUUUCCCCUGAGGUUUUUAUUUUUAUUUUUUGAAGGGCAUAUCUCAUUAUGGGAGGGGCCAAAGGUGGGUGGUCCCCGCUGGAACAAGUAGGGCAGACCAACAGUAGGCAGAGCUGGAGCCAAUGACAGACAGACCCAAAUCAUUCUAGUGCUGUCUCCAUUCUCCUCCCUGCUAAAUUCCACAAGGGGCAAGAAUUAGGUUGAGGAGGAGAAAGCCGACAGCCAGGGCCACCUCCUGGACUGGCUGCGAGUAAGACAGGAGGUGGACCUCAGGCUGCCGUGGGUGGGGCAGUGCCCCAUUUGCUGUAACAGACUAGCCUCCGCUGCAAGGGCCAAAGCCCCCUUGCUGAAGUACAUAAGAAUUUCAGAAGUGCCCCACUGGAUCUUAAGCGAGGAAACAGACUCACACAAGACCGGUAGAUUAUGCUUUAAGGCAACCUUCUCAAACUAGGUGCCCCCUAGAUGCUGCUGGGUCACAACCCAUGGCCAAUGAUCAUCGAUUGUGGGAGCUGAUAGCCAAAACAUCUGGUGAGCACCAGGCUAGAGAAGGCUGCCUUGAGAAAUCUUUGGUGGCUCGAAGGCAUUCCAGUAAAAGAAAUGGGGAGCAGGGGGAGAGUUGAUAAUGCAAGGUGGAAGAUGCUCUCUAACCGAGAAAUCUUCAAAACAUAAAAAGAACCCAGCUGAAUCAGACCAAAGGUACAUUGAGUCCAGCAUACGUUUUGCACCCUGGCCGACAAGAUGCCUAGGAAACUCCCAAAAGCUGGCGAUGAGCUCAAUAGCCCUCUGCAGCUUUGGAUAUGUAGCUAUCAUGCAUGACUAGUAACUACAGAGGAGGCUCACCUGACGCCUUUAUAUCUUUAGAUGCCAGGCGAAAACCUUUCUCUUCAACCAAGCGUCGAUUAACAUUCUAUGGCUUUUUAAAUGUGUUUGUGGGAAGGGGGUGUUUUGCUUUGCUUUUAUUUCAUUGUGUAUUUUGUUUCAUUGUGUAUUCUGUUGUGAACCGCCCUGGAAUCUAAAGAUGAAGGGCAGUAUACAAAUUUAAUUAAUAAUAAUAAUACAUAUAGCUGUAUAUUCCCCCAUGAAUUAAUCCAAUCCUCUUUCAAAUUGUCACUGGCAAUUUUGCUUCAUCUCUUAGUUGUGGUUUCCAUGCUUUAACCACAUGCUUUGUUUUCUACAGAGGAAGAAAAGAUUGAAAGCAGCUGGUGA